UUGUCAUACAAUGUACAUGUAAUUACAUUGUAUGCGCACACGUGUUUAGGACAUGAAACCUGUGUGAGAGUAGUCAAUGGUAUGAGUCUCAUGGUGGCACCCCACAAAAUCAAAUGGAACACUCCUUAGAAUUUAUGUACCAAUACAUGUACAUGUAUAACCCACAUAGUGCUUUAUAAACAUGUGGGCUCAAACAUUUAUUUUGAGAGGGGUGUUCCACUCACUCUGGUUCUUUGCCCUGCUUUGGAGGUGUUGUCAGUUUCCAAGUAAGGAGUGAAGCAGAUUCUUUGCAUUCCAAGCCUCACAGCCAGGCAGGUUGAGUGUCGAUGUCCAGUCUGUGGUACAUCUCCCUACUGUCAGUGGUAAUCUUUUGGAUGCCUGUGCUUGCAUUCAAGGGAUACAUGUAUGAUUCCCUUUCCUCAUCAGCCAGAUCUGACUAAGCUGAAGAUUCCGUCUGCAGAUGUCUCAGUGAUGUAAAAGAAUUUGAACUUGUACAUUCCCUAAGGAAAGUUGUACAGCGGCCAAGGGGUGUGGUGGAGUCGUCAGUUUUCCUUCCUCCAUGUUAUUGGCUGAUCACUGAGGAUUAAGUAGGGUGUAGGUAUUCUCGUGUGUCUCAACAAGAUCUCCAUCUUGUGGAGUGUAUUAAACUCCAGACAGACCUAUAAUUGGACGUUUUCCAGUAAGAGCCUUGCUCUAUGGUUAGAGUCAGUCAGCCCCAAAGCUGUUCCGGAUUGCCUGCCCUUUGAGCUGAGGAGUACAGUGCCAUCUGAUCACGAUUGUAGAAGGUGCCAUCUCCACUAGCCCAAUCAAUCAUUUUCAACUUUGUAAUGAUCAAUUUCUGCUUCUACUCAUAUUUUUUACUGAAUUACUGCAGUGCCCAAAUUGACCGCAAAACCCAGAACUGUGAAGGGAAUUCUGUCUGUGUAAGUUUAGUUGAGUGACUGCACCGUUAAUGCUCAAAUUGAUGUCAGCUUUGAUCUGCCGGUACCAGGACCUUUUGCUAUUUAGUUGAUUUGGAUGACAACAGAAAUUGUUCCAAAUACCAGUACAUGUAUCAGUACAUGAAGGACCUUUGUCCUGGAUUUUUCUCUGAAGGGAAGUAACAUCACAGCGAUAUGUCUCUACUUGUUGAUAAGACAGCAUCGUCGGGUGAACCUGAGGUGUACUAUAGCAGAUAUAUGAGACGUCGUCAGUUGAACCAAGAGAUAGCGUUGAACCAGCUCAAGGAGAUCACAGGUGUCCAGGAUGUCCUGACUCUCAAGCAUGCCUAUGAAGCCAGCGGCGGAGAUAUUGGUCAAGCCGUCACGUUCCUCACAGACCACAAUGCCGAGCAUCCCACCCGCCAGCCAGCCCUGCCCACCCCGGCCUCCAAGUCAGUCCCUAAGAACCAACAGGUCACGACAGCGGACUCGGAAACCAGCACGGAUGCAGUACCAGUCCAAAGUCCUAAGAAUAGAGGUCAAGAUGUGAUUGACCUGACCCAUGAUCGUGAUGAGAAAGAUGAUCUACAGAGAGCCAUUGCACUGUCGCUACGAGAGACGACAGGACCCAGUGCAACUAUUGGGGUGUCCACCGAGGAACAAGAUAUCAGCAGGUUAAAACCUGAUCCCUGACCCGGGGUCAUCAAAUCAUUGCA